CCAACAAAAGCACGCCGUAUACCUAGAAAAAUGCGGCCAGCCCUCCUCCUGAUCCUGCUGCUGGCUGGCGUUCAAAGUUUAGCGCCGGCCACAAAACGCCCGCGGGUCGUCGUGAGCCCCUGCGGCGGCAGCGUGGGCCUCUGCUUAUUGCGGAGCCUGAAGGUGAAGGACUGCGAUGUGGUCGCGAUCUGCCGCGACGAGGCCGAGGAGGCGCGCGUGCGCCAGAACACGUGCGGCUGCUCCAUGCGCCAGGGCGAGGUGACGGACAUGUGCGGUACGGCGUACCCGGCCCUGGAGACGGUCAUCUGCGCCACGCCGAAUGAAUUGAGGCGCGCGUGCGAGGGCGCGUCCGCCGUGGUGGCGCUGCCGGCGGGCGACGCGCACCCGCGGCUGGCGCCGUCCAUAAAUGACGGGACGAUCGUGCGGCCUACCGUAGCAGCAACCAAAAAAAGCGCCGACGACGCGCGGAGAUUGGUGGCCGCGGCCGACGAAGGCGCCCACGUCGUCCUGUUGAGCGCUUUGGGCGCCGGCGCCGAGCCGGACCGGCCGCCCCUGGCCUCGUUCCUCGCGGCGCGCACGGGUUGUUUGGAAACGCUCGCCGAGAAGCGCGCGCUCGAGACGGACGUCUCCUCGUCUGGGAGGCGGUUUACCAUACUGAGAGCGCCGCCGCUGGCGUCGGGGCCCGAGCUCGAAGCCAUCGAUAAAGAUGGAGACGGGGACCCGAACCCGGCGCUGUCCCUCAUCACGCCGUCGGCGCUCGCGCACGCGGCGCUCCACGCGGCGCUGGACACGUCGGGGACGUACCGCGGCACGUACGAGGCCAAGUCGACGCGCCCGCGGCGGCCAAAGGCGCCGGCGGCCGCCUCUUCUUCAUCGUCGGCGGGGAAGUCCUAA